AUGGACCUACUCGACCUGCAAAGUCCCUGGGGGUUCUCUCCAUCGGGAGCCGGCGUCCCAGAUAUUGCAGACGAGCCCGAUACUAGGACAAGGACAACAAAGUCACCUGGCUCGGACAAAAACGUCGGCAGAACGAGAGUCCCGCUGGCUACUGACGUUGCCCAGGUCGCCUGCGUGCGCUGCCGGACGAAAAAGACCAAGUGUGACAUGGAUGUUGGUGGAUGCAAGAAGUGCAAGAGGCUCAACCUGCCAUGUGAGUGGCCAAACAGAGACCGAAGGAAAAGUCCUUUGUUGUCGAAAAGACAAGCUAGCGACCUUUACCAGCGGAUCGCAGAUCUGGAAAACACAUUGGCUGCUGCCCGAGCUGGGCAGUACUCCCAAACUGGAGGAACAGCGCACUGGGAAGCAGAGCUGUCCGGCUUUCCAACUGAGACAGCGAUUGAACCAGCUGCAAGUUCGACCCUCUCCCUGGGCAACAUCGUCUCGCGGCUCUGCGGGGGACAAUGGAAACUAAACAGCGAUCAUGAAGGUCGGUAUAAGUUCUUUGGGCCGACGUCCAGCUUACACCUGACCGAAAGUGUCUCGUCGUCCUUGAUCAACCCCUGGGGCCAGGUCUCGGUUGGCGACGACGUCUUGCCGCGGGAAACCAUCGAUCUUGAGACCCAAACCUAUCUUCUAGACCUGUACUGGAAAUACCAGCACACGGUGCUACAAGUGUUCCACAAGGAAUCAUUCCUGCAUGACUUACGACACGGGCAGACGCAAUAUCUGACAAAGGGUCUUCUCUGCUGUGUGUGUGCGUGUGCGGCCCGGGUGUCGGAUCGGCCAAAGGUCAGAGCGCUUGCCCUAUCAGCGCAUGACGACGUGGAAGACGAUGAACAGCCCUUGCUCGUAGCAACUGCUGCUAAGUAUAUCUAUCAGGAGCUGAAGCACCCCCAGAUCACGACGAUUCAAGGACUCUUACUCUUAUCUGUCCUUUACUCUGCGUUGGGUUUGGACACAAAGGGCUGGCUUAUGAUAGGCAGUGCUUGUCGGCUAGCCAUCGACCAGGGGCUGCAUUUGACCCCCUCCAAAUUGGGUGUGGCAACCUUGACACCAUUGGACAUCGAAGCUCGCCGAACGACAUUCUGGGCUUGUAUAGUAUUUGAUAGGCUCUGGGCUCUUUAUCUUGGACGACCAUGUUGUUUGUCUCUGGACGAUACCGACAUAUCGCUCGUUGAGAAUCUGACACCAGAAGUCAGCUGGGAAACCCAGAUGGCCUAUGCCUGGACCAGCCUCAUACAGAUCGUGGGCCGCAUCUGCAAUACGCUGAACGGCGAAAAGUGUACCACGGAGAAGUUGUCCAUCCUCAACGACCGGCUACAGUCGUGGUACAACGGGCUUCACCUGUCUGUGCGGUACAGGAAAGGCUGUCCGCCAUCCAUGGCCAUUCUCCAGAUGAAAUAUUGCGCGGCCAUGAUCCUGCUACACCAACCUGCGGCAAGGUUCGGUGGUGAUUCUUCUGGAUCGGUGUCUCAGACAGCAAACUCGCGGCAGACUUGCCGGAGCAACGCCACGCAUAUAACUCGGGUGCUGCAAGACUACCGCGAGACGUACGGCGACGCGACCUCGAUGAGCGGUGUCGCGAUAUACCCGAUAGCCACGGCCGCCGCGGUGCUUAUUGGCGGCCUCGCCGACCGACGCUCGUCGAAGGCUGGGCCGCCAACGCCAAGGGAGCGGCUGAUGGCGACGCCGGCGACGACGACAACGGCCUUGUAA